AUUUUGGUGGAAGUUUAUGGUGAAUAUGCUGUAGCGAACGUGCGAAAAGUUAGUGGUUUUGGCUUGUAAGACGAAGAACAUUCUGGGCGGAUAAAAAAGUUCGAAGACGAAGAACUGGGAGCAUUACUCGAUGAAUAAUGGUGCCAACACAAGAAGAAAUCGUAGAGUAUUUAGUUGUCACACAAGCAGAUGAGCAAUAAAUGAACAUCAAAAUUAAAAAAAAAAACGAACGAGUAUAAUUAUAGACCCAAAAUGAUACGAUAAAGGUCCACAAAAUGGAAAAAGCAGUAAGCAUAAAGCGAAUCCGUUGAUUAUGAUUAAAAGUCUGAAUGUAUGCACACACUCCAGCUUUCAAUAAUUUCAAUUGGUAAUGAUAGAGGGAGAUCUGCUGAGGACGGAGGUAAGAAACGGCUGAAGAGCUAUUGAGGGGUCGGUCAAAACCUCUUAGAAGCUCAUAGCGACAGUGAAAAGAUAUUAUCAUAAGAUCAAUUUUGUGCUUCUGUACAAUUAUAUUAUACACGACUGGAAUAAUGUGCUUCAAUCACGAAAAUGAUAUAAAGAGAAUUGGUGGUGACGAGCAGUUGAAGUAUAAGUAUUCUUAUGCCUCUUGGCAUUAUAAAUAGACACAAAAUCGAGCAACUUGGCCGAUUUUCGUUGACAAAUAAAACGAAAACUUCACACUUAAGUUCUUAAUCAUAUUUUUACCUUUAAUGUGUGUCACAAAGGCCACUUUAGCUAUAGAUAUGACGAAUUCAACCACGUCAAGCCCACGUACUCCAAUGCUUUACUUAUAGAAACGCUUCGCACAAAGCAUUCGCCUUAGUCCAACGUACACACCUAAUAUAUAAUAAAAGAAAUUAUGAAUUAGAAAUUGUGAAAAGUGAAAAAACCACCGCGAAACUUCUUCGUGCUGGUAAAUAAUUAAUUUGGUAGUAAAAAACAUUGUUAUAACAAAAGCAUUUACUUAGGUAUGUAUGUAUGUGCUUAAGAAUUCAAUAACGCGGCUUAGAAGCAAAACCAACGUAUGAGGCGGCCAUCACAGAGCACCGCCAGCAUCGAUGUUGGGCCAAAUUAUGGACGCGCUUCAGUUGGUCAGCUUAAGCGAAACGGUACGGUCCAUACAACAUACGCGGAGAACACCAAAGAAUCGGGCGGAGAAUAGACAACAUUAAAAUUCACACCUAUAUACAUACAUAUAUGUAAUAAUUACACGUACACAUCGGUUUGUUGUUGCAGGUAGAUUGUGCGAAACAUAGCGAUUUGUUAUUUAUGACCGCUCGUGGUAAAUUAUGACGCUUCUGCGACCAAAGCAUUACAACAAAGCAUAAAGCCAGCAUGUCAGUACGUUGACAGCCGUUAGAAGAAGCGUAGCCAACAAAAAAACAACAAUACGAAACAAGAUAAAAAAGUGUAUACAAAGGCGGCGCGUCAAACAAAAGCAUUGCACGAUUUAAUAGAAAAGCUAACGGUCAAAAGGUUAUUUGAAUUUCUAUUCGAAAAAGUGGCACAGUGAACAAUAAACAGAAAACAGCAGCAGACCCAAAUACAUGUCAAUGCAGAGGACUACCUUCUUCGUUUUUGUGGAGUACAGGCCUGCAACUAAUAGCAUUUAACAUUUAAGUGAUCAACCCUUCCCAAACACUUACAAAAUAAAUAAUAUGUGUGAAUUUUUAAAAAACAAAAACUACUAUUUUUUGCACACCCUGUUAGUUGUCACAUACUGUUGUGAGACACAAGUAGCGAACGCAGCGGAUUAUCCACCAAGGAGCAGAAACAGUGGUUCCACGGAGACCGACGCGGCGCGCAUGGCUAUAGCUUUGCCAAAAGGCUUCCGGCCACAAGCGCCACCCUUCAGACCAAUGCUUCUACCCUUUGCAACCCCGGCACCUAGUAGUCCGUUCGACGGCUGGAAACCAAUAGUUGGUGCUGCCAACGCGCCAACUCACCGCAUUACAAUGCCACCGCCGACACCACUGGCGCAGCCGCCACUUGUCGUGCUGCAAGAUCGCAUGGAUGCGGCGCCGCAAGAGCAAAACCUCGAGGGACCAUUGCUGGAGUCGAUUGUGUAUGGUACUUGGAAGCCAGAACGGCCAUUGGGACCUAAUGAAAUGCAAACGCCCAUCAGACCUGCUACUACAACAGCACCAGAAGUUCAAAAUCGUAAAGAACAACCUCCUACAGCAUUCGAAAAACUCGGUUUUCAGCAUCCGAUCGUAAACGCGCCAACAGAGGAUGGUGAUGUAACAUUGUUUCUGAAAAAUGGAAGUAGGCGGGUUGCCGGAACCCGCGCACCUCAUACCACCACAGGGCCGAAUAAGUUCAUCAACGUCAAUAUGUCAGACCCGAAGCUCCUGGAUAUGGCGAAACAGAUAAAUGAAUCGUUUGGAGGAAUUGCAGCAUACACACACAAACCCAAAAAAUCCAUAUGGCAGCAACAAAGUGUAGAUACUACUCAAGAAGUCGGCAUUGAAACUGAGAGUGCGGCGGAAGUGGAAACGGAAAACUUGACAUUAGAUGCUAGUAAGGUGUGGCCAAUAGAUUUCAUUGUUUCUGUGGAAAAGAACAGCAAGCAGAACUUUACACCUACUAUAAGUAAUAGACUUUCUGCUGCCAAUUCUGAUGAAAUGAGAGAAUCAUUGAAUGGUUUAAACUUGCCGAAUUCGCUGUUACCGCAGAUUUCGCUCAACAUAACGAAAGUUGGUGUACCAUACGAGAAACAAAGCUCUGUCGAGAACCCCACUAUUUGUGUACCUCUUACCGUACUUGAGCAGUUAAACCAGGUAGAGGUACUGGAAGUGGAACGGAUAUAUUGCUUCCCGCUACCACCUACCCCCACGCGGCAUACGGGCACCCCUAAACCGAAAGGUGCAAUAGCGAAACUAGAGAAUUUUACAGAAUACGAAGCCAUAAAUGCGUCAAAUAUGUUGAAUUGGAAUUUUGUAAUGAUAUCGAGUUUGAUAAUAUUAAAUUUUCUAAAGCUGAAAUAUUCUUGAAACAGAAAUAUAUAAGUGUUUUUUAUAAAUAGACUAAAUUAGUUAAUUAUAUAUAUGUUAGGUUCUUCUUUUAACGAUAGGGGUUAAGCCAUUUUUAUGAGUUGAUAGCCCUAUUCAACUCAUUUUAUAAUUAGGUACUCUCUUUUGUAAUAUACUUGUUCUUGUAGAUAUAGACCAUUCGUAUUUACAGUAGGAGGAAUAACAGCUAAUUCUUCUGUAGAUAUCAUCCUACACGACGCAUACUAUGUAGUAGCACACUUUGCCUACGUACUAUCUAUGGGAGCGGUAUUCGCAAUCAUGACCGGAUGCAUACACUGAUACCCACUAUUUACUGGUCUAACCUUAAAUCCUAAAUGACUAAAAUGUAUAUUUAUUAUUAUAUUUAUUGGUGAAAAUUUAACAUUGUUCACUAAAUUACGUAAUAAUAUUCCAUUCAUUAUAUUUAAUAGAAUUAAACUAUUUCUAAAAGUAUCAAAAACUUUUGUGCAUCAUACACCAAAAAAACAAAACAAAAGCAUAGUAGGAAAAAUAAUUUACGGUCGAUCUGAGGUGGGAAAGAGGAAGAGGAGAGCGUAAAAACGGUUUAGCUCAAUAUCCGGCGAAAUUACGAGUCUCUUAGAAAAAAGUUAUAUGACACAGCUGUAGUUAAUAAGAAGAUCCACAACAUUUGU